AUGUCUUUUGUUUUUUGUCUUCUUGCUACCACCACAGUUACAUUUAAUGAUGACAAAACAGAAGCUACUAUCAGUGGCGAUGGAAUCUUCACAGGGUUCGAUGAACUGCCAACAAACCUCAAAAAAGCAACAAUAACAGGAGACAUCACCCAAAUUGGAGACAAAUCAUUUGCAGGACUUUCCAAUCUCAUAACAGUAAACUUCCAAUUAACAUCACAAACAUUAAAAAUCGGUUCUUACGCAUUUAAUGGAACAAUUAAUUUACAAACCAUCAACAUCCCAGAUUUUACACAAACAAUCGACAAGGGAGCUUUUUGCAACUGCGUUUCAUUAACAAAAAUUGAUAUUCCUUCAACUUUAACAAAGAUUUCUAAACUUUGCUUUUUUAAUUGCACAAAACUCCAAAAAAUCGAUUUAAAGAAUAUAAAAACAAUAGAAGAAAGUGGAUUUGAACAAUGUAUUUCACUUUCUGAAAUAAUUAUGUCAAAUUCUCUUGAAACAAUAAAUUCUACAGCUUUUUCAAGUUGUUCAUCACUAACAACAAUUAAUCUUCCAAAUACAAUCAAAUAUAUAGGUCCAGGAUCUUUUUAUUCAUGUACAAGUUUAUCAACAAUAAAUAUUCCAGAAACAAUCAAGAAUUUAGAAUCAGCUGUUUUUUUAUUCUUGUUCAAGUUUAUCUUCAAUAAAUCUUCCUUAUUCAUUGGAGUCAAUUGGUCAAAUAGCAUUUAG